CCACUGGGUGGCUAUAGGAAAAGGAAGUAAACACGCGUGGCGUCGUUUUGCUGCGCAUUAAACAAAAAAAAAACUAAAACACCUGAGAAAUGACGUGUUAGUGGGAGGUAAAAGGUCGAGCCUUUUAAACUGGUUGGCACGGUGCAGUCUGUGAAAUAUGAAGCCGUGAGCGAGGCAGAAAUGUAAAGUUUCACUUUCUGUCUGUACCAACGACAAUAAUUUAAGAAGUCGUUAGCUUUUGGGGCUUUGUUGGACUCAACAGGAUAUAAAGCCUUUAUUUCACGCUGGAAACCGGUAGGAAUGGAUCUUGCACGAACGCAGGACACACUACAAAGCAAGGAUGAGAAGAGGCCGAUCAGAAGAGUGCGAAGUCCUUCCAGACCGAGGGCGUGGAAGUCCAGUUCUUACAAAUUGAAGUUUGGAGGGACAUUCUACCGGCCUGGUUUCCCGAGGCAUGACCAUUCAGCCUACAAACCUGGCUAUGGCAGCUCUAAGUACCACCACUUCAUCCCCAAGACUUCCUUCCUCCAGAGAGAUCAGCAUCCUAAACUUCACCAUGUCACGCUUAGGGAGAGGGAACGAGAGAAUGAGAAGGAGCGGUAUGAGCAGAAAGAUAGCGCUGAGGGGAGCUCAUCCCCCAAACAACACAACUCUACUAGACCGUCCUUCCACAGGUCCACUUCCAGCAGAGACAAGGGCGUGCAGUUCACUGUUUCUCAGAGCGACAAGAACCAAAGCAGGGAGAGAGAUCACAGGAGGACCAAAAGCAAAGAAAGGGAACGCAGCAGAGAUGGGGCGCUCCUUUCGACUGGGAGCCAGAUGGUGGUACGGGACAGAGCCAUCCAACAGAAGAGGAGAGAGAUAGACAAGGUGUACUAUCAGGAAUGUGAAAUGUUUGGGCUUGUGGUAAAGAUGCUUAUAGAAAAGGAUCCAUCCUUGGAACGUCCCAUCCAGUCUUCAUUGCAGGAGAACCUCAGGGACAUCGGCAAGCGCUGUGUGGAGGCCAUGGAGAAGUUUAUUGAGGACUAUGACUCCAGGGAGGUGUGACAUUAGUCAAACACACAUACACACAUCUUCCUAGCACAGAUCCUUCUCUUAAAUGAUUUGUGAAUUUAAUUUCAUGUGCUCGAACAGUGCUGUUGUGGUUUUUAUUUGUAAUAAAUUGUACAUUCUUAUCUGCUGCCCUGACAAAGUUCCCUUCUGUGCUAGGCCUCAUGCUUAGCACUUAGCAACACUGGUGAAACUUUGAUUCAUUUGAACAUUUGAUGCCACUUCUAAUUUUGAGACUGUAAUGAUAAAAUAAUACACUGGUUGAUUUGAUUUAAAUGUCUUUCUGAAGAAGUCAGUAGCAUAUUUUGACAUCCAGUGAACAACCUUAAUUUAUUAUCACCUGCUUUUCAAUUAUGUCAUUUUGUUGACAGCAUAUUAAACAACAUGUGGUUGAAAA